AUGGAAGGCUCAGCACAUUGGCGAGAUGUCCUCGACCACACAGACGCUGCGACAGCAGAGCUGAUCAUCCACCUUCAGUUUGAGGACCUCAACAACCUGGGUCGUGAUAGCGACAAUGACCUCAACCUCGGUGCAGCGCUUGCGGCAUUCGAAGAGGAGCUUCGUCAUUCCCAUGCCGUCCGACAGUGCAUUGGUGGCGAUGCUAUUACGCCGUUGCUGCCCACCAGUCUGCAAGCAAAGAAACGUGCGCGCAGCAACAGCGAUCCAUCUCAAGCUGAUGAAGGAACUGGACCGGGAGCCAAGCGAGUCAAGGUAGAACAGCCUGCCGAUGUCGAGCGUGGAGUAUGCAGCGCUUGCAGCGAUGACUUGACCCUCAACCAACUCUGGACCAGUGCAUGCGAUCACGCUUACUGUGCAGACUGUCUGGAGCAGCUGUACAGACUGGCCAUGACGGACGAGAGUGUUUACCCACCAAGCUGCUGUCAGCGAUCGUUCGUGUAUCAAACGGUCCGCCCACGACUACCAGCAGAGUUGGUGGAAGAAUUCGAAGCUAAGCGCGAGGAGCUUGAGAUCAAAGAUCGAAUCUACUGCGCAGAUCCACAUUGCUCGGCUUACAUCAGUAUCGCUGAACGUAGAGAUGGCGGCGCUUCUUGCGCAAAGUGCUCGCGCGUCACGUGCGUUCAGUGUAAAGGUCUAGUACAUGAUGGCGAAUGCCCACCCAACGAGGCUCUGACAGCAGUCCUCGCCUUGGCGGGCAGGGAGGAAUGGCAGAGGUGUCCGACCUGUUGUAGCAUGAUCGAACUCAAUCAUGGCUGCAACCACAUAACGUACGUCUAG